AUGGAGAGUGUGCUUCGCUGCCUAUCCUGCACCAGAUCCAAAUGGAUUAAUCAACCCGAAGCCUUUAGCGACCUUCGGACACCUUCGACAGCCUUCAGCAAGCUUCUGAAACCUCCAAUAGCCUUUGACGAGCUUCGAACACCUCCAUCAUUCUUCAGCAAGCUUCGGAAACCUCCGACAGACUUCGACGAGAUUCAGACACCUCCACCAGUCUUCAGCAAGCUUCAGAAACCUCUGACAGCCUUCGACGAGCUUCAAACACCUCCAUCAGUCUUCAGCAAGCUUUGGAAACCUCCGAUAGCCUUCGGCGAGCUUCAGACACCUCCAUCAGUCUUCAGCAAGCUUCAAAAACCUGCGACAGCCUUUGACGAGCUUCGGACACCUCAGUCAAUCUUCAGCAAGCUUCGGAAGCCUUCGACAGCUUUCGGCGAGCCUGUAAGACCCUCCUCAGUCUUCGCCGAGCUCCAAAGACCUUCUACAACCUCCGACGAGUUUCGGAAACCUCUGGUAGCAUUCAGUAAGCUUCGGAAACCUUUGACAAUCUUCGACGAGCUUAAGAAACCACAAUUAGCCUUGGAAGACCUACGAAAAAUUCCGACAGCCUGUAGCUACGGUCAAAAAUCUUAUAAAGUCUCCAGCGACCUUCGGACCCCCCAGUGA